UGUCAUUCAUUGUAUUCUUUUAUAGAAGAAGAUGGGAAAACUGAAGAUGUUUUAAUGAAGUUUAAAGACUACCAAGAUAGGCAUUUUAAAUCAGUUGUAUUCAUCAACCACAAAAGACUGAUUAAGGAAAGAAGUAAUAUUUUUGGGAAAACACUUACUGUAGGUAAGAACUGUAUUAUUUCAAAAACAACACUACAUGAAUAUAAACCUGAUGGAAAAGUUUUGAAAAAUAUUUCAGAAUUAGUCAUUAGAAAUAUAAGCCCUGGAAGAGAGAAGUUUGCUGAGAGUAAUGGAUGGGGGAAAUCACUUCUCAAUACUAAGCAUGAAAAAAUUCAUACAGCAGUGAAUAUCUAUAAACAAACAGAAAGGAGCUUGAGUGGUAAACAAGAGCUUAUUCAACAUCAGAAGGUUCAAACUUCAGAGCAAUCAUUUGAACAUAAUGAAUGUGAAAAAUCCUUCCUUAUGAAAGGAAUGUUAUUUACACAUUCUAGAGCUCAUAGAGGAGAAGGACCCUGUGAAUACAAUAAAAAUGGAAUAACCUUCAUCGAAAAGUCAAAUCCUAAUAUCCAUCCACAAAAUCUUAUGGAGAAGAAGCCCCAUGCAUAUAACAAAUAUGGGAAAUUCCUCUGCAGGAAGUCCAUUUUUAUUAUACAUCAAAGAUCGCAAACAGAAGAGAAACCCUUUCAGUGUCCUUACUGUGGCAAUAGCUUUCGAAGGAAGUCUUAUCUCAUUGAACACCAGCGAAUUCACACAGGUGAGAAACCUUAUGUUUGCAAUCAAUGUGGAAAAGCCUUCCGUCAAAAGACAGCCCUCACUCUUCACGAGAAAACGCAUAUAGAAGGGAAACCCUACAUUUGUAUGGAUUGUGGGAAGUCCUUUCGCCAGAAGGCAACCCUUACUAGACAUCACAAAACACACACAGGGGAGAAAGCCUAUGAAUGUACUCAAUGUGGAAGUGCUUUUAGAAAGAAAUCAUACCUCAUUGAUCAUCAGAGAACUCACACAGGAGAAAAACCGUAUCAAUGUAAUGAAUGUGGGAAGGCAUUUAUCCAGAAGACAACCCUCACUGUACACCAAAGAACUCACACAGGAGAGAAACCCUAUAUAUGUAAUGAAUGUGGGAAGUCCUUCUGCCAAAAGACAACCCUCACUCUUCAUCAAAGAAUUCAUACAGGGGAAAAACCCUAUAUUUGUAAUGAAUGUGGGAAGUCCUUCCGCCAGAAGGCAAUCCUCACUGUUCAUCAGAGAAUACAUACAGGAGAGAAAUCCAAUGGAUGUCCUCAGUGUGGGAAAGCCUUUAGCAGGAAAUCAAACCUCAUUCGCCAUCAGAAAACUCACACAGGAGAGAAACCAUAUGAAUGUAAAGAAUGUGGGAAGUUCUUCAGUUGUAAGUCAAACCUCAUUGUCCAUCAGAAAACUCACAAGGUAGAAACCGUGGGAACAUAGUAAAAGAUGUGACUUUUUUAGUAAGAACUUUUAAAGUCAUAGUAAACCCUGUACAUGAUAUUGCUUGCAAGUGUAAUAAUAUUCAGUUUAAGGUACUAUAUCACAUAUUUACUUACUGUUUGCCCACCUAUACAACACACACAAGAAAAGAACUACUAGACAAAUUAAAUGACAAAAGUCAUUGACAAUACAAGACCCUUUUUUUAUUAUUAGAUUCAGCAGACAUAAACUUCCUCUGUCAAGUUGCUGCAAACUUUUAAAAUUGCUAAUUUUCGAUUUCAAUAGCUACCUUGUUGUGAACCAGCAAUAAACAGUUGGCUGACUGACAGUGGUUUACGAACCAUACUGUGAGCAAAAGAGUUUUAAAAAGAAAGGAGGUAUGAACUGUGUUUCUCAUUGUAAAUAUGGAAUAAAAAUUAAUUGUUACCUCCU